UUGUUCUAGAGUACAGUUCGCGUCUGGUGUUCUAAACUCCUCUCCAAGAAUUCCUUAAUUUCUUCAUAUCAUAGUUAGUUCUUCAGUGAAUUUUUGUGCGUUUAUGUUCCUCUCACCCCUUGUGUUCAUAAGCCAAGUGUGUGUCAUCAGCUUAAUCAUGGAUGUGUUGUUAGUUUGAAUUCAAUAAUUUUGAAGCAGUGACAUCUUGAGAUUCAGUUAUCAGUUCUGUUAUCAUGAUGACAUCAUCUGGGUCGCAAGGAGCUAUCGGCUCUGUCACAUGGAGUUUAAGCCUGCUCACCACUCUUCUAACCAUCACACUUGGCGCGACAGACAACCCCACACCAUGUGACGUCAUAAUGCUAACACUUCGCCUGCCGUGUACAUGUCUGCGGAUCGCUGGAUCCCCGGCAGGUGGCGAGUUGGGCCUGGACUGUGAUCGCGUUGUGGUCCCCUCUGACUUCCCGCAUCUGCCGUACGGCGCGCCACUAGUCUAUUUCACACAACGACAUGCUGGCCUGCAGAGCCUACCUACGCCUACGUUCACAGCUGCUGGAUUACCCCUCCGAGUUAUGGACUUCUCACACAACUCCCUCCGUCGACUACCGGAGCGAGUGUUCCUGGGACUCCAGGACUCUCUCCAGGAACUCCGUCUAAGCGGGAAUCUUCUGGGAGACAGCCUCAACCCCAUCUUUAGUAGCGAGUUCCAUGGACUGUCCAACCUUAGUCUGGAUUUGUCCGACAACCAGAUCAAGGCUAUAGAAGAGGGACUUCUUAAGGGUUGUGAUAAUUUGAGGGAACUGUGGUUGAAUGAUAACAGUCUGACGCUGAUACCAAGUACUUCACUCAACGGUCCAACCCAGCUCAAAGUACUCUCUCUCAGCAACAACAGAAUAAGUUCGGUGAAAGAAGGUUCAUUCCUGUCACAACGCAACCUGGAGUCCCUGGAUCUUACUGGGAACCGACUUCAGCUCAUUGAAGGGGGAGCAUUCAAGGGCCUCUCAAAAAUGCGCAUACUUUCUCUGGGUCACAACCGACUUGUUAAACUCAACAGCGACGUAUUUACAGGUGCCCAACACGUUGAAGAACUUGACUUGUCAGCAAAUUUUCUCAGCGAAUUUCCAACUGUGGCCGCCAAAGCCUUCGACCAAUUGAAGCUCUUCAAUCUGUCUUCCAAUCUUAUUGAGAGACUGGAUGACUCACUCCUGUCCUCAGUACCACAUUUGGAGAUUUUGGACCUGAGUCGCAACAAUAUUGCCAACAUAGCACCGGGGACUUUCCUGAGUUUGAGACAACUGAGACACUUGGAUCUGAGUGUCAAUUCUCUGAGAACCGUGGAAGACGACGCCUUCGAAGGUCUCUCCAGCCUGGAGACGCUCCUCCAGGACAACAACAUCCUUCUAGUUCCAGCCUCAGCUAUAGGCCGCCUGCCCCAUCUCACCAGCCUCCAGCUGGACUUCAACAGGGUAGCAGCCAUAUCAGCUGAUAUCUUGAGAGCUAUUGCUGACCGCGUCACCAGUCUGGGAUUAGCUAGGAAUGUCAUCAGGGAGUUACCUAGUGAUGCUUUCCAGGAUUUCAAACGAGUGGAACACCUCGACCUGAGCGGCAACCUACUUCUCACCAUUGAAGCCUCAACCUUCGCCGGUCUCGAGGAGUCCCUCCUCACCCUCGACCUUCAGGGCAACCGCCUCUCAUCCCUUCCGGCCCAACCCUUAGCCCUAGCCGCCCUACAGAACCUCAACAUCUCCAACAACCGUCUCAAGGAACUACCCCGCAUGUCCUUCAUGCUGCUCCCUGGUCUUCUCCACUUGGACAUCAGCCGGAACCCGCAACUCACCACUCUACCCUUAACAAUCUUCCAGACUUUAACUAGACUGAAAACCCUGAACGCAGCCAACACAGGUAUCAAACAGAUUCCACCUGAGUUCUUCAUCAGAAACAGUGCCCUACGCUACUUAUCCCUAGAACACAACCAUAUAUCAGAGAUAUCCGACACAGCCUUCCAAAACCAACACAAUCUCACAAGGUUGGACCUCUCUUACAACCAAAUCACCAACAUACGACCCGGCGCAUUUUUGUCCCUCACCCGUCUAAAAUCGUUGAACCUCCAAGGCAACAAACUAACCUCGUUCAAAGGGGAGUUCUUCAUAAUGAGACGCUCCAACGGAACCUCAUUAGAGGAACUAAACCUGGACGAUAACGAACUAAGCUACCUGUUCCCCUCUUCCUUCAGAGUCCACCCCCGUUUGCAACGUAUCUCAGCCGCCCGUAACAAGUUCAACUUUUUCCCCGCGGAACUGAUCACAAGUUUAAACUAUCUCCAAGAAAUUGACCUCAGUCAUAACCUGUUGAAAACUUUGGAGGAAUUUGAUUUUGGACGUUUACCGAGGUUGAGAGUGUUAAAAUUAAACCACAACGAGUUAGACACUGUUAGCGAAACAGCUUUCCAUAACUCCACCCAGCUCCAAAUCGUAGAUUUAGCUGGGAACAAGUUGGAACGUCUAGGGGAACGUACGUUCCAAGGUCUCGGUCGUCUACAACUUUUGAACCUACGUGACAACGUUUUAACUGAACUACCAGAGUCCAUUUUCGAACGCUCACGUUUGAAAAUGUUGGAGAACGUUGAUUUGUCAGGGAAUCUUUUCGAGAUCGCACCUCUCAAAACUCUCCAACGCCAAUAUUUCUUCCUGUCAUCUGUAGAUCUAUCACGCAACAAACUUACUGAAAUCGCACCAGAUGACAGUAUCAUGGUGAACAUUAAAAAACUAGAUCUAUCUUUCAACCCGUUGACCCCGGAAUCUAUCACUAAUGUACUAGGAGAACCCAAGACUGUGAGAGAACUAAACAUGGCAGGUACCGGUAUCACACAUUUAACCCAUCUUGAAACCCCGUUUUUGUUGAAACUAAAUCUGAGCUACAACUCUAUCACAGAUCUACCAGACAAGGUAUUCGAUCGGCCUACACUGCUAGAAGCUAUCGACCUAUCUUUCAAUCAAAUCACCGAUUUCACAGGAUCUAUAUCACCGAUAUGGAAGAAACUAAAGAACCUACAGUACGCGGACGUCUCAGGGAACCCUAUCAGAACCAUAGUACAGGGUGACUUAGAUGGGUUGGAGUCUUUGAGGAAGUUAAAAAUAUCCUCCCUAAACGAAUGUACAAGAUUGGAGAAGGUGGCUUUCAAAAGUUUGACAAACUUAGCAGAGCUGGAAGCUUACGGCUACCCAAAACUUGGUUACCUAGAUGUGACAGGUCUACUACACAGCCUCCCAGCGUUGGAAUCUUUAGAUGUCGAGGUAAAAGAUUCAGCUGUAGGGAGCGAUCAGUUAUCUGCAGCUAUGAACCCCAGACUUAAACGGUUGGGAAUCAGAGGGUCCAGGGUUCAGAGUAUAUCCUCAGGUGCGUUAGCAGGGUUGAAAUCACAUGAUAUCAAGAUUGAGUUGAGAAACACUUCUCUCAACUCCCUACCUCCUGCAUUGUUGAUACCUUUACCUAGGUCAUCCAGGGUGAGUUUAGAUGUGACUGGUAACAAACUUACAACACUAACCGCGCAGUUUUUAUCUGCCCUAGAUGAUAGGAGAAGUGAUAUCACCCUGGAAGGUUUGUCUAGUAACCCAAUCCUGUGUGACUGCGGCGCUAGAGCGUUGAGACGCUCCGGUUUGGCGUCCAACAUCCGGUGUUCUGCCCCCGCCAUUUUCCAUGGUAACCUUCUAGUCGAAAUCGCAGACGACGAUUUGACCUGUGACCCACACCGGUUAACCUCAACGACAACCCUACCCCCACCCUCCUCUCCACUAGUUUUGAAAACUAGCCGCAUCACAACGGAACCCGACAUCAUUUGGUCGUUACCUCCGAUGACCCAAAAACCGACCUCCCCGAAAAUUCUCAUGACUAACAAACCACCCGGUAUGACUCAACAAAUCUCUAAUGACGACACACUAAUCAUAAGCAUUGUAGGUGGGGUAGUAGGGUUCAUAGCUAUCCUAACAAUCAUAAUUUGUAUUGUAAGGUUACGGUGGACUGAUAACCAAUACAGAGGAGGCCCCCUAGCAGCAGGGUUUCAACAACAUUGCAACAACCCCUCCUGUCCUUGUCCUAAAUUACCCCCGCCGCCCCACCCCCUCUACACAAUCAGCCCUCAGUACGCGGCAACCCUUCCUCAUAAAAUGCUUCCACCUCCUGCCCCCGCAUCAAUAUCCCCAGGAUUGCGGGCGUCCUAUUCAACACUGGGGCGUCAAGCGUAUAUUCAAAAUCAACCCUACUAUGUACCGUUCCCCCCUGACGAGAAAGAGAUGUCACUACGGUGAUAUAAAGUUCAGGAAUUUGGGGAUGAUGAUGAAUUUUUGUAUAGCCUAGGUGAUAAGAUCAAGUUCAUUGAUUAUCAAUUAAUAUAGAAGAAAGAACUUAUAUUGGAGAACUAGUAAGGACGAUAAAGAAUUUGUGUACAGGUACGCGCUAAUGCCGCGGCGUUUUUAGCGUCGCGUUAGCUGGGCAAUGGUACUUUCAUAGUGCGCGCUAACAACGCUGUGUAUAACUUGGUUCAGCGUUGCAAACGCCGCGUUCAAGCCGCGGAAUUAGCGCUCGUAUAACAUGGGCCUAAUAGGAUUUAAUUGUAUUAAAGAGUACAAUAUGUGGUUGAUGAGACCAUGAUAUGGGUAUUUUGAGAGCUGGUUUGCUCAUGAUAAUCUAUGAAAAUGUAUUAUAUUUUCCUUUCUACACAAUAUUAGAGAAUUUUCAUCGAUUUGUGCCUACUUAAGGGUCCUAUACACCAGGGAACUUGGAUCGGCCAACUUGGUUCGGGGAACCAAGUUCGUGUAGGAUCCGCCCACACACUGUAGUUGGGAGAGCAAACAACCGUUCGUUACUUCAGUGUCUUUUGGGGUCUAGAGAUGAGUGUUUCAAAGUUUGCAGCUGCUGUGGGGAAAAAUAUAUUGAAUAUAUAGAUAGAAAAUAUCGCCCUGGCGGACAAACCGAACAAAAUUUUUUAUCCAGAUUGAAGACCAAGUUCGUCACGAAUUUGGUUCGCGGUUCGCCAAUUUUUCACAUACACUGAGGAACUUGGUUUGCAAGAACCAAGUUCUCCGAUCCAAGUUCCCUAGUGUAUGGGGCCCUUUAUAGGUAAUAAAAUGUUAUUUGUAAGAUUAUUAAGCCUAGUUUCUAGGACACUUUUUUGAGUGAGAAAGGACUAAAUUUCAGAAAAGUGGAAUCAUGACCUCAUUUCGGACUUCGAAAAUAUUAUCUAAAUUUUGGGAGAGAAAUAGUAUAAGGAGUAUCCUUAGUUUUUCUCUUCCAUUCAGUGUUUUCUUGUAAGAAUUAAAUAAUUACCAAUUAAAUCAAAUAGAACAUUGAAUCUAUAGGUUUAAUGUUCCAUUAAAUUUAAUAAGUGUUCUAGAAUCCGGUCAUUGGAGUAUCUGAAGUUGAUGAGACAGUAUUCUGUGAGCUGGUCUACUCAUAAUCAACUGUUUUGAAACUAUUCUCAUCUCUGGUCUUUGACUGGUGUUCAUUUUUUUAUAAAACUAAUUUUAUUAUGUAUAAUAUGGCAUAUUGAGACAUUCUAACAAACACAGAAUUGACUGUUGUUCAUUUUUUAUAAAACUAAUUAUUUAUGUAUAAUAAGGCAUAUUGAGACAUUCUAACAAACACAGAAUAUAUCUUCCAAAAUUUAAAGAUUGAAGUUUACUUGAAACGGCUAUAGUUUUGAAAUGAUUUCAAAUACUUUAUAAGAAGAUGUGGAAUAAUCUCAUGAUAAUUUACUGAAGUUUCCAUAGAUCAUCGCAUAUUAAUAUUAAGUAAAUCCCUGAAAUAACUUCAACAUUUUGUGUGCUAACUAUUAAAUUGCAAGGAAAUGUCUUCAAUUUUCAACAGAGGAAAACUUACAUUUUUAACUCAAUUAGAAUAUUAGAGAACCGAUCAAAUGUACAAACUUCGUAAUAUAAAUAUUAUUAGGAUAUGACUAUUAUAAUGUAUUUUAAACAAUUAUAAUAUAUUGUAGACUUGAACGGGUUGUGACGUUGUAAGCCAACGUAAUUAUGUUUUAGGCGUUUAUAAUAAUUGUUUAUCGAUUUAAUUAUAGAAAUGAUGUAAUCAAGGUGCAGUAGAGAGCUAUUUAGAAUUGUAACUGGCUCAAUUUACAACAACCACACAAACAUAUUUUGUAAAUAUGAUUAUGAUGCAUAGAAAAUAUUUUUCAAUUAAUUUUAAUACGUAUUAGAAUAAGGUGUAAAUUUAAGAGCUCUAUUUUUAAAAUAUUGCAAGACUUCUUUGAUGGUUCAUACUGGAAUAUCUAUUUUUAUGGUGGUUAUUCAAAACUUCUAUGAAGGUUUUAAUAUUUUUGAAUAUAUUUCUCUUUCUUCAUUGUUAGAAGUUAAAGCCAAUUCUUUAAGAAGAAUAAAGACAAUUUCUUAUGGAAAUUAUAUUUAAUUGUCUAGAAAAUGUUCAAGAUUAUUUUUUCAAUGCUACAAGUAAAGUUUUUGUACUCAAAUCUUGUUGGUGAAAUCAUGAAAUCAACAUAGCUAGUCGGAAUAACAAUAUUUCCCCAAUUAAAUGAAUAUCCAUAAAUAUUUUGUUCAUACAGUAAAGCUGCGUAUACACCAAAGUUAUUAACAAAUCCAAUUAUUAACUUAACCCUUAUAGAUUCUAUUAGAUUGAACAUAUCUAUCAUACACAUGAUGAACAUAAUUAUGUUUUUGUCAAGUUCCGUUCAAUCUAAUAGAAUCUAUAAGGAUUAAGUUAUUAGACUAACAUUUUGAUAAUAACUUUGGUGUAAACGCAACUUAAGCAUACAAUAAAUAAUUAAUAACCAUUCAAUGCCAGUUCAAAAAAAUAAGCAAAAUGUUUAUUUUCAAAGAAUAGCCUAUUCUCUUAAAACGUUAAAUACAAUGAGAAUAUGUUAUUUGAUUGUAUAUAACAAUAGCCUAACAUUCAGUUUAAGUUUAAUGAUUAGCCUAUUAUUAAAUUAUUUAGGCUAAGUUCAUUGUAAUGAUGUAAAUAUGGGUAGAUUAUUUAGAUAAAUUCAAUUUAUUAUAUCAAAUAUUAUUAUCGUUUAGGCUACACAAGAAUUUAUCAAUGGAAAAUACUUUUGUUAUUUUUUAUUUGUACUAGAAUCAACCAUGGAUCAAAAUACAUAUCGUUCAUUUAUUUUAUCGGUAUGAAGGUUAAUAUAGUUAUGUUUUUGAAUAAGGAUGAUGAAUGUUGUAUUAUGUUAAUGUUAUUAUAAUUGAAUAAAUCUGAGUUUUACUUGUUGCAUCCAGUAAAAUGAAAAUUUUUUUUUUGGUUGGAAUGACUGAAACUCGAAAUUAGGUGGUUGAGAGAGAAUUGAUUCAUUUAUAUUUAAUUUCGUAUUGUAAGAAACCAAAAAUAAAGUAAGUUUUUGUAGUUAA